GGUGAAGUCAUGUGACCAAAGUCUCUCUUUCAAAGCAGGAAGUAUUUAUUCAGCCAGUGUCGGAGCCUACGUGUCAAAUUGGACCUCAGUCAUAUCUUCAAAAAAACAACAAUGGCUCGACGGCACAUCCUGAAAAUGGCUGUGACCUGCACGUUGGUUUUGGUAUCAGUUGGUUUGUUCAACAUCAUCCGUCUAAAGCUCAGCAACACUUUCACAGCUGAUUGGCUGCAUGUCUUCUGGUCCAGGCCGAACAAGAGCACCCCCAGUCUCUCAGCUGGCUCAUGUGUUUCGGACAAACGUUGUCCAGAACACCACUUAAGCUUCUAUAUGCAAAGCGGCGCUGCUGACGUGGUGGCACCAAAGAUCUGCGUUCAGAACAAACUGGUUCUGGGGUCAGUACUGAAGAACGCGGGGCCGGGAAUAAAUGUUGUGGUUCUGAUUGGUAAGACGGGGGCCGUGGUGCAGAGUGACCAUUUCAACAUGUACAGUGAUGAGGACAAACCUCUCAUUGACUUCCUGAAGAACAUCCAGCAAGGUUCUAUUGUCCUCAUGGCGUCCUAUGAUGACCCGUCCACAAAGCUUACAGAUGAAGCCAAGAAGCUGAUUGGUCAACUCGGAAGUUCUGUCGUCCAAUCACUGGGGUUCAGAGAUAAUUGGCUCUUUGUUGGGGGCAAAGGAGACGUGGUCAGCAGCAACUUUGAGAAGCUGCUAAGGAAUGACAAAGAAAAAAACAAAUACCAGAACUGGCCAGAGCUCAUCCAGCUUGAAGGAUGCAUCCCAAAAUCUUUAGAGUGACCCCGCAUGCUGGAUCAACUGCAAGAUGCUGUUUUUAUUUAUGUUUUACCUAAGAAAAAAAUGGAAACAUUUCAGUGUAUGUGUGUGUACAGUAUCGUUCAAUCAGGAAGUGACGUUAUGAAAUGAUGUAGACCUACAGUGGGGCAAUAAAGUAUUUAGUCAGCCA